GUGUGUCCUUAGAUUACUACAAUCUCUCACGCCUUCCCGAGUCGCCUCAUUCAUUUGAAUGAGGACGAGUGGAUUGCGUUGCAUUGUCCUAAAAAAGAGACUUUCGUUUAGAUUUGCUUUAGAAAUCAAACGUUUUAAGAAGAUACAUUUUUUUGGUUCAUAUUUUGCCGUCCAAAAGGUCUGACUCGGCUAUGGCAAAAGGGGAAGGAGUGGAGCAAUAUUCCAAUGCGAGUUUGUUGAACAAAACGGUCAAUUCAGAUGGCAUCGAGCUGGCUCGGAAGCGCGAGCGGGGUACCCUGUCCAUCUGCAACAAGCUGUGCUACGCGGUUGGCGGAGCGCCCUACCAGAUCACAGGAUGUGCUCUCGGCUUCUUCCUGCAAAUCUACCUGCUGGACGUGGCUCAGCUGGACCCCUUCUAUGCUUCCAUCAUACUCUUCGUGGGGCGGGCCUGGGAUGCGGUGACCGACCCCACCGUGGGCUUCCUGGUGUCCCGUAGCCCCUGGACCCGCUUUGGACGCAUGCUCCCCUGGAUCAUACUGUCCACACCUCUGGCUGUGGUCUGCUACUUCCUCAUCUGGUAUGUCCCACCGUUUGAGGAUGGGAAGGUCAUCUGGUACCUGGUUUUCUACUGCCUCUUCCAGACCCUGCAGACAUGCUUCCACGUGCCCUACUCCUCCCUCACCAUGUUCAUCACCUCGGAUCAGAAGGAGCGGGACUCGGCCACUGCCUACCGCAUGACCAUUGAGGUGCUGGGGACGGUGAUCGGUACAGCCAUCCAGGGUCAGAUCGUGGGCAUGGCCAACGCUCCCUGUGUGCCCGUACUCAACGGGGUCCCAGCCGAGCUUGGGGGCAAUGCCUCCUCCGUCCUGUUGUCCCAACCGGAAUCCAACUCCAGCAUUCCCGGCAUCUCUCUGGAUGACACGAAAAACGCUUACAUGAUCGCUUCUGGCAUCAUCUGUGGCAUCUACAUCCUCUGCGCCAUCGUCUUGUUCUUUGGCGUCCGCGAGAAGAAAGAAUCCUGCCGCCCCAGGUCGGAGCCCAUGUCGUUCUUCCAGGGCAUGAAGCUUGUGAUGGGACAUGGACCCUAUGCCAAGCUGGUCAUGGGCUUCCUCUUCACCUCACUGGCGUUCAUGCUGCUGGAGGGGAACUUUGCAUUGUUCUGCAGCUCCACGCUGGGCUUCAGGGACGACUUCCAGAACAUUCUGCUGGUCAUCAUGCUAUCCGCCACCCUGGCCAUCCCCUUCUGGCAGUGGUUCCUGACGCGGUUUGGCAAGAAGUCGGCCGUUUACUUUGGCACCUCGUCGGUGGUGCCCUUCAUGAUAAUGGUGGUGUGUGUCAAGAGCAGCCUUAUCGUCACCUACAUCGUGGCCUUUGCGGCCGGCGUCGGUGUAGCCGCCGCCUUCCUACUACCCUGGUCCAUGCUGCCCGACGUGGUGGAUGACUUCCAGGUAGCCAACCCGGACUCUGUGGGCCAUGAGGCCAUCUUCUACUCCUUCUACGUAUUCUUCACUAAGUUCGCCUCCGGAGUCUCCCUGGGCGUCUCCACGCUCAGCUUAGAUUUCGCCGGUUACAUCACCAGAGGCUGCAGUCAGCCGGCCGAGGUGGACCUGACCCUGAGGCUGCUGGUGUCGGCCGCCCCCAUCGCCCUCAUCCUGGUGGGUCUGCUCAUCUUCCGCUCCUACCCCAUCGACGAGGAGAGGAGGCAGGGCAACCGCAAGCUGCUGCAGGAGCUACGGGACCAGGAGGCCGAAUCCGAAUCGGACUCCACAGAGCUGGCGAACAUGGCGUAGAGCAUCCUGUCAGGAGGACCCGUCCGGCGACCAGCUGUUUGCACACGGCGGGGGCAAAAGAGGAGCACGGCCCGGCGGGACAACGACUCGUGAUUUGACUUUGAUAUCGAUAACCAAGCGCUGCCAGGGAUACAGCGAGGCCUUUCUCAGAGCUGUGCCCUGCCAUCAUCAUCAUGGUCAUAUUUAAGUUUGCCAAUCUUGGGUCGAAGUCCAACAUAAAGUUGUCAAUGUGCUGGUUAUGACUCUGAUAAAGUAGCAGAAACCUUUGAAAUGUGACGGCCGCGGAGGACCCGUUUUAGGGAUGUUGGUGUAGUUAAGUUGGUCGGUGUGUUUUGAGAACGGGAGGAAUCAUCAAAUACCGUAACAUGCCAUAUUCUAGCCAAACGCCAUGUCCUUAAUAGAUGCACUACAAACAACGAUGCACUACCCAUGAGAGGUGAGCGUUGUAUGAAACUUGAACAACUCUCAAAUGACGCCUUACUUUAUGAUCUUUUUGUAUUUUAUUUGUUUCUUAUUUGACAAAGUCCAUGUGACGAUGACGGUUUCCUACACCGGCGUUGAUAUUUCGAGUACUUUUCGACCUUAUGAGUCCACCGCCUCCGUUUUUAUUUUUUGUAGGGGUCGGAUCUAUUUGUACGUUUUGCGUACAUCUAAUUGAAGGAAAGCAGUCCACCUGGUUCAAUCCCAAACUGAAUUCCCUUGCGUUGCGUUGAAGCGGCAGUUGGGUCUGAGGCCUAUUUUAAUGGAACAUGUUAGUUUUAGGUUGACUGUCAAGUCUUUUCCGGUAUCAGCAACGCGCUAUUGUACUCCACCCUUGUACUGAAACCACUACAAUAGGAACACUACUUGCACACUAUCGAUAACCGACAUCAACUGUUUCCAACACGAAAUAAUAUUCAUUAUUUAUAGCAUGGCUUCCUAGUACUAUGCGUUGAGUCCAGGGCUUUUUAAUUAGUUUACUUUAUGUAAAAAGAAAACAAGUGUCUAACUAAAACCAGUGCUCAUAAUGUCCUUGCUAGUCACAAUUUUUAUUUUGUUUAUUCAGCGUUGCUGAGUUUUCCUAAUUAAUGCAGUAUUUAACUUAUUGAAGAUUUGUAUGUAGUAUUGACUGGAGGAGUUUUAAA